AUGGCAUCACGCAGGUCGAGGUCUCCGUCGACCCCUUCUGAGGGUGAGAUCAUCGAAUCAGGUUCAGAGACGAAGGCAACUACGUCGCAACUUCCUCUUAAUGGCACCAGCGUUGACCGUCCCACCAGAGCUAGUACAUCGUCGGCGCCCAGAUCUUCCUCGCCAUCCGUGAGCAGCAGAUCGCCUCGCCGCCGGAGAUCCAGAACGAGGUCGCGCUCCCGAUCUCGCUCUCCCUAUCGAGAGUACAGAGGGAGUAAGCGUCGCCGCAAUGAUGAUGACUAUGACGAUCGGCGGUUUCGCCCCGACUCCUCGCGCCGUCCCGCGUAUCGAUCCGAUGACAGGUAUCAUGAUCGAGGCCAAUCGCACCGGCGUCCGAGAUCCUACUACGACUACGACCGCGAGGAGGAUUACACGACGGGCCUCCGGUACAAUGAUGACUAUGACCGACGUCGGGAGAAGCGCCCCCGCAGCCGUUCCCCCUACCGCGAAAUUCGGAAACCCAAGCAAUACUCGGGUGACGAGUGGAAGUCCCAGGGAGCGGAGAGUGUUGCACCUCGGGAUAACAGGGGAAAGUCAUCUAUUGAACAGUUGAAACCAGAUGCUGAAACUCGAAAGGAUCAGGUCCAGCCGCCUUCCCUCGCAGCUCGUGUUGAAGAUGGUGCAAAUGGAACCGUGCAUGAGAAGGAAGAAUCGCAGCCCGCGGACCCCGUGGAACCUGUGGAAGAGGUUGAUGAGGCGGCUCAAAUACAAGCUCGCCGUAAACGACGUGAAGCUAUCAGGGCUAAAUAUAGAGGACAGGCGACUCCUUUACGUCUGCAGGCACUUCAUAUCGACAGCGAUAGGGAAUCAUCCGCGCCGACCCCGAACGUUGAUCAAGCUACCCCCAACACAACUGUAUCAGAAACGCAAAGUCCCGCUGCCUUAACGCCCAACGAAGGCGCCGGAGAAUUCCCCGAUUUCAAGGUCGGUACCGACGCCGACUUGGCUAAUACCGGAGCCCCUGUAGAUGGCGCCGAACCAGAUGAGCCCUCUGCCGCCGAUUACGAUCCUACAUUUGACAUGAAAGCUGAAAGGCAAAAACAUACAAGCGAAGAUGUCUCCGCGACCACCUACGACGAGACGCAGACCACCAAGCAGGAUCUCUUACUUCCGGACGCGGCUCCAGUUGAGCCAGCGCAGCCCAAGGCCAAGGAUCCCUACGAUAUGUUCGCAGAAGACGACGGCGACGACAUGUUUGCGGAAGAUACACAUGAAACGACGCAACCCACGCAUGCCUCGGCUACGUCCGCCGUUCCUCAGGCACAGGAGCUAGACAUCAGCAUGAUGGACAACUGGGAUGAUCCCGAGGGGUAUUAUAACGUGCGGUUGGGUGAGUUGAUCGACAGCCGAUACCACGUCCUGCAGAACCUUGGGAAAGGAAUGUUCUCCUCGGUCGUGCGCGCAACGGACAAGGAGACCGGUCAACUGGUUGCGGUCAAGAUUAUUCGGCAGAAUGACACCAUGCGGAAAGCGGGUUUGAAAGAGAUCGACAUCUUGGAACAGCUUCACGAGGCGGACCCGGAGGACAAGAAACAUGUCAUCAAGUAUGUGCGGCAAUUUGACCACAAGGGACAUUUGUGCAUGGUCUUCGAGAACCUGAGCAUGAACCUGCGUGAAGUGUUGAAGAAGUUUGGACGAGAUGUCGGACUGAACCUGCGAGCGAUUCGAGCAUACGCGCAGCAGAUCUUCCUGGGGCUCAGCCUCCUCCGCAAGUGCAAUAUUCUUCAUGCGGAUUUGAAACCCGACAACCUGCUGGUCAACGAGCAGCGCAACAUCCUCAAGGUCUGCGAUCUGGGGUCUGCGUCGCCCGCGACCGAUAACGAGAUCACUCCCUACUUGGUCAGUCGGUUCUACCGGGCCCCAGAGAUCAUCCUGGGAAUCCCAUACGAUCACGCCAUCGACGUGUGGUCCAUUGGCUGCACCUUGUUCGAGCUCUACACGGGGAAGAUCCUUUUCACGGGACGGAACAACAACCAGAUGCUGCGGUCCAUUAUGGAAUGCCGUGGCAAAUACCCACCCAAACUGCUGCGCAAGGGAUCGCUGGCUCAUAUGCAUUUCGAUGACAUGCUGAAUUUCCACAGCACGGAAGAGGACAAGAUCACGGGGCGACUAACCACGCGGAUUCUCGACUUCAAGAAGCCCACGCGCGACCUGAAAACGAGGUUACUGGGCAAGGGCAUCCGAGGGAUGUCGGACAGCGAGGCGAAAGAACUGACGCUGUUUGUGGAUCUACUGGAUCGAUGUCUGAGUCUGAACCCGGAGAAGCGAUGCACGCCAGCGGAGGCGUUGAAGCAUCCGUUCAUUGCGCGGCCCAAGACCUAG